CGAUUCGAAGCAGCGGUCGCCAUAAGCAUGCUGAACCGCUUCUCGAGCGCCGUGCAGACGGCUGUGUCGGGCGCGGCGUCGGCUGCCGUUUCUGGCGCGCAGAACCUACAAGGCAUGCUGAGCGAGGAGUAUCUCAAACACUACGAAACACCUAAGGACUGCACGGCGUCAGGCGGACACGAGCUGUCAUGGAAGAUCUUCCCUGCCGUGCACCGUAAGACUAACCACGAGUACAGCGUGUUUCUUUUUGACAAGGAAGACCUUAAGAAGCUCAAGAGCAAAGAGGCACAGGACCGUGUGCUAGAAAUCUUGCGCCAGGAGAUGAAGACACUGCGUGUGCUGCGUCACCCUCACGUCCUUAAGGUGGAGGAGGUUUUUGAGGAGAGUCGUCGCUCUCUAUGCUUCGUCACAGAGCGCGUCACGUGCUCACUAGCAAAUGCCUGUAAGAACUUCACGAACAUCGCCAACGUCACGCCCGAGGUGCUGGAGAUUGGCCUGACGGAGUUCGAGCUCGCUUGCGGGCUCAUGCAUGUGGGUGAGGCGCUUAGCUUCCUGCAUCGUGAAGGACGUCGCGUACAUCUCAGUCUGGGCCCGAGCAGCAUCUUCAUUACGCCCAAGGGCGAGUGGAAGCUCGGCGGUAUGGGCUUCUGUAGAGUCGUAGAGCCUGGACAGACUUCACGCAGCGAAUAUUACAGCUUCGACGCCUCAACGGGCGUAAGAAACCCCGCCACAGGAGCGAUUGAAGGAAGUUGGGAACCUCCGCUUGAGUACUGCGCCCCCGAACUGGUGACCGAGCCGCGUCAGUUCGAUAGUAAAGCGGAUAUGUUUACGCUCGGUCUGCUGGUGUACGAAUUGUUCGUCCCGCCUCGCGCGGAUGGAGGACGCAAUCCGGUCCUGGACGUACAUGAUGGCAACAAGAUGACUCAUGGCUACAAAGUGCAGUCUUUACACCCCAUUUCGUUCCCAACGUCCGUACCCACUGCACUCCAGAACACCAUCCGCUCAUUGCUGUCGCUGGAGCCUGAGAAGCGUCCUGAAGCCCGUGCAUUCCUCGCGUCGCCGUUUUUCGACUCAGGUCCCAUUAAAACGCUGCGUAUGCUGCAAAGUCUCGUGGAGCAGGAGCCAGCAGCUCAGGCCAAGUUCCUGACGACGCUGCCUGAUGCUAUCGAUGGCUUCUCGCCUCGAGUGCUGCGUGAUAUGGUCCUUCCUGGGCUUCAGUCAGUGGUAAUAAACAAGGCUGUGGCUCCGUUCGUGAUCACUCCACUGCUGAAGAUUGUGGCCAAGGUGGACAAACAAACGUUCUCGUACUCCAUCGCGCCGAUGAUGGUCUCUCUGCUCGCUAUUACUGAGCCCGUGCAAUGUAUGCUCAUGUUCGUGUCGGAGCUGGAGGUUCUCAUUCCGAAGGCUGAAGAAGGCUACAUUCGUGAUCAUAUUGUACCCAUGUUGUGUCGCGCUUUGGACAGCACUGUACCUGAAAUCUUGGACACGGUACUUAAUAAGAUUGUGGAUCAAGCCAGUCUAUUCGAGUACCGUAUCUUGAAGCAGGUGAUCUUGCCGCGUGUGAACAAACUCAUCCUGACUCCUCCUCAGCCGUCUGUGAGGAUAAACGCGUUGCUGUGGCUGGCCAAGUCGUUCCACGUGUUCGACAAGGAUCUACUGAUUGAAAGCGCACUGCCCACUUUGGCACAAACGCUUCAUGAAGACAAGACGCCUGCUGCGUGCAUGUGCAUUCUGGGAUGUUACGAUAACCUCGGCAAGCACCUAGGUCCAGAGUUCACUGCCAAACUGAUUAUUCCUGCCGUGGCUCCGCUGUUGUGGGAGCAGACGCUCAACAACUCGCAGUUCGACAUGGUGUGCGAAAAGAUUCAGGACAUGCUGAAGGCUGUGAUUAGCGAGCGAGACAAGUCGUUUACUUCUCAGAGCUCCGUUAGCUCCGUAACCACAGGAAUCACGGCCGCUUCGGGAUUGUCAGAUGCUGUUCGCGCUGCGGAGGCUUCGAAGGAGCGGGAGUCAGGUGUUGCUGCAGCUAACAAAUUACUGUCCGAAGAAUAUGUCCCCAAGAAGAAACCGGAGCCCGAAGCUAGUCAAAGUCAGAGACCCGAUCGAUACUCGGAUGACCCGUUUUAUCUAGGUAACGCCGGCUCUUCUUCUAGCAGCAGAACACAGAGUACCAGAACGGAGCGGCGGGACUCGGAUGGUCGCCGCGAGUCUGGAGCAGAAAGAGCGGAAUCGUUCUCUGCACGUCGUCGUGCUGGCAAGAAGGGAAGCGCUAGAUCCAAUCGCCGCGCGGGCAAGAAGGACGAUGGAAAUGCUGAUUUGCUUGGCAUGGACGCGGGCGCUACUAAGUCAUCUCCAACGUCGAAUGACCUUUUCGAUACAGGAAACCUGCUCACUGCUCUGCCUCCUGCCCCCGCACCAGCCCCAGGCUCGAGUGGUGGCGGCAACGCCAUGUUUAAUGGUACGAGCAUGGGCAUGAGUGGUGGUGUUCAGGCUGGCGCCUCGACGUACACCAGCCAGAACACGAUGGGGAUGCAGUCCAAUCCGAUGGGUCAGCAGCAAGGAAUGGUGCCCUACGGUCAGAAUAUGGGCAACGGAAUGAUGAACCAGCAGCAGCAGUUAAACCCAGGCAUGAUGCAGAUGACGCCGUACGGAAUGCAGCAGCAGGCGCCUCUCAGUGGUGGCGGCUACGGCCAAAACAACAUGGGACUUGCUGGUCCAGGUCAGAUGCUCCAGAUCCAAGCGCCCGGUUACGAUCCGUACGCACCCCAGCAGCAGCAAAGCGGAGACAAGUUUAGCGCCUUCGAUGGGCUUUAG